AUGGCGAGUCCGCAGUCGGAACUGUUUGCUAGGACUCCGGGUUCCGGGAGAGCUCUGUCGAUUACACCAGGCGCUAGGAUUCUGCAGAGCCCUUUCAGUGAUGAAGCGAUCUGGAAGCGUCUUAAAGAGGCUGGCUUUGAUGAGGAGUCGAUUAAACGAAGGGACAAGGCUGCGCUCAUUGCCUAUAUUGCUAAGCUUGAAGCCGAGCAUUUGCAAAAUAAUGGAAUUGAAGAUUCAGAUUUUCAAUAUGCCCAAUUAGGAGCGAAAGAAAAUAUAGAUCACCUUUCUGCAUUUCUUGUUACUCUUUCUGUUCGCUUUGAUUAUCUGGCAAGCGGAGUUUUUAAGUUUGUGGUGUUGCGCUGGAGAUAG